AUGCCGUUGAGGCCGUUCCCAGCCUCGGGCCACGCCCAUUCUCUGCGGCGUUUCGCUGCUCCGCCCCGCCAGCAGCCCAAUACUCAUCCUCUCCUCUCACAGCUUCGUCAGCAACGCAGAUUCGUCCAUCCCAACGAAUUCAGACCCUUCGUCCCUCCCUCUCCAAGCUCCCUCGGAAAAGCCGCGCCCGCAAAAACAUACACUCGAACCCGGAAAUGGCUUCGACGAUUAUUCUACGUCUCCCUGACGACCGGCGUGAUUUACGUCAUUGACAGAACAUUCUAUGCCUCUUCGCUCACGCGCACAGCUCGCACAUUCGCUCUGGGGCUGGUGGUCGCUCUAGAUUACAAGAUCAAUUUCCGCCCCAACCCGCCAUUCGCUUCGUCCAUCGCUGCUGUUCAUCAACGCAACGCAGAACGUCUAUCGGAUCUGCUACGUCACAAUGGCGGCUUAUAUCUCAAGAUCGGCCAAGCAAUAGCCAUGCAAUCCGCGAUCUUGCCGCCGGAAUUUCAGAAGAUGUUUUCGCGGAUGUUUGAUGAUGCGCCGCAGAACGAUUGGAAGGAUGUGGAGAGGGUUAUUAGAGAAGAUUUCGGCAAAUCAGUGGAAGACGUCUUUGGUGUUUCGUUUACCGGCGAUCCGACAAAGGGUGUGAUGGAGAGGAAGGCUAGGGCGAGUGCGAGUGUUGCGCAGGUGCAUUGGGCGCGCUUGGCGGAUGGUCGGGAGGUUGCGAUCAAGAUUCAGAAGAGGGAAAUUGCUGCGCAGGUUCAAUGGGAUUUGUGGGCUUUCAAGGUUGUUUCGUACAUUUAUAGUCGAUGGUUCGACAUUCCAUUCUACAACUUAGUCCCAUUCGUCAGCGAGCGCUUGUUCCUCGAAACAGACUUUGAGAAUGAAGCGAGAAACGGUGAAAAAAUGGCCGAAUUCGUAUCGAAUGAGCCACGUUUACGGGACAGAGUCUACAUUCCCAAGGUGUAUCAUGAACUCAGUUCGAAGCGCGUGAUGACGGCGGAGUGGAUUGAAGGUGUUCGUCUGUGGGAUAAAGAGGCGAUUACUCGUCCGUGGAGAGGCGGCUGGCGUCAGGGCAGUCCAGGAUCACACGGCACACCACUAGAUCCCCCGGACCAACAACUGCCAAGUCGCGAAGAACUUGCCAAACGAAGUGUGGCAUCACUGAAGAUCAAACCUGAGCGUACCCAAUGGAAGGGCUGGAAGGAGCGCGGAGGUCUCGGUCUUUCCGUGAAAGAAGUCAUGACGACAAUGGUCGAUCUAUUCUCAGCGCAAAUGUUCCUCUGGGGCUGGGUUCACUGCGAUCCUCACCCGGGCAACAUCUUCGUCCGCCGGCAACCCAACGGCAAACCCGAAAUCGUUCUCAUUGACCACGGUCUCUACAUCCAAAUGAGCCCGCACUUCCGACACCAGUACGCCAGAUUCUGGAAAGCGCUCAUGACACUAGACAACAAAACCCUAAAAGAAAUUGCCAGCCAAUGGGGCGUCAACAACCCUGAUAUCUUUGCUUCAGCAACACUAAUGCGCCCCUACCGCGGCGGCAACAUGUCCACAGCCAAAGGCCUCGAGCGACUCAGCAAAGAAGAUCGCCAAAAUCGGAGCUACGAAAUGCAACAAGCAGCGCGAAAGGCAAUCCGCGAGAUCCUCGGCGACGAAACUAAAUGGCCCCGCGAAUUGAUCUUUAUCGGACGAAACCUCCGCAUUGUCCAGGGCAACAACCAGUUCCUCGGCUCGCCCGUGAACCGAGUCAAAAUCACCGCGACAUGGGCAUCGCGUGCUCUUGUAGAGUCACCCGACCUUCCCCUAUCACAACGAAUCCGCAAUUAUGGAGGCCACCUAGUCUUCCAUUUCGUCCUUUUCACGUCUGACCUGAUAUUCUACAUCUCCAAGAUCCGGCAAUGGCUUGGAUGGGGCGGUGGAAUGGAAGACGAUAUUGAGAAACAGAUGAGGAUUAUGGCCAAGGAUAUGGGCGUUGAACUGGACGAUAAUCUUUUCGAGGGUUGA